AUGGGAUAUGAGGAGCAUGGAGGGACUUGGCACAUGGACGCAGCUCAACUGGAUACGCAAUGGGAGAAGAGCUUGCCCCAUGGCACAAUCACCACUUGGGAUGAAUGCAAGAAGGCCUUUCUUGCUAAGUUUUUCUCCACCGGUCGCACAGCCAAGCUUAGAGGAGAGAUAUCCAGCUUCAUCCAGCGAAACAAUGAGACAUUCGCAGAGGCUUGGGAGAGGUAUAGGGAGAUGCUAGACACAGCUAGCAAUGGGAACUUCCUCAACCAGGAUGUAGAUGAUGGCUGGCAACUUGUGGAGAACAUAGCUAACUCAAAUGGAAGCUAUGGAGAAGAGUAUGAUCGCACCAACCGGAGCUCGACCCACCACUCGAUCGAGUCAGACGAAAAGUUGAGAAAAGAUGUUAAGGCAUUGAAUGAGAAGUUGGAUAAGCUGAUCCUAGCUCAGUCCACAAUGAAGAAAGUCAACUUUGUGUCUGCUGAGGAGAUGGAACCAGUCCAAGAAGGGGAGGAUACACAAUUUGCUGAGGUGUGCUACAUGAGCAAUGGGCAAGGAGGUUACAACAAAGGAUACUAUAACUACAAGUCCAACCCUGCCAUGUCAUACCGCAACACUGAUGUUGCUAACCCUCAGGACCAAGUAUAUCCUCAACAACAAGCAGCUCGAUCGAGUCAGGUGCCACAACAUGGGUAUGGUCAAAAGAACAAUUACCAAGGACCACAAGGCACUUUCCCUGGACAACAAAUGAAUAUCCCACCAGGCUUCCCCCACCAACCGCCCCAGCCUGCACCUUCACAAGAGAAUGAGCUCAAGGCAAUGCUAAAGCAACUACUUCAAGGGCAAGCUGAUGGGGUAGUGGACACAAGCAAGAAGCUAGCUGAAAUAAACUCUAAGAUCGAGAACCUCAACACAAGGGUUUACUCUCUGGAGAAUCAUGCUUCUUCUGUUGCUGCUGCUACAAAGCAAGGACAACUACCUGGUAAAGCUAUUCAGAACCCCAAGGAACAGUGCAAGGUCAUCUUCACUCAAGAAGGACUUGUUGAAGAAGAGGAUCAAGAAAGGGUCAUUGAAGAUUUUUGUUUACUGCUGAAUGAUGAAGAGAUUGUUGCUGCUGAGGCUCCUGGAGUCCAGAUUGAUCAACCAGAAGUGCAUGCACCUACUGUGGCCAUUCACACUUCACCAGUUGAGCUCGCACGACAAGCUCGAUCGGCAGCUCGAUCGAGUCCAACUCUAGCUCGAUCGAGUCCGACCUCUUCUGUCCGACAGCCUGUUUUGCUUGAUCCUUAUCAACCGGUUGCCGCUUCCUCGUCUCGCCUACUUAGUCAAGGUCACAAGGAAGUGAUUCACAAGUUCAGAAGAGAUCUCAGUGGGAUUGGAAUUGAGUUGCCUCUAUGGAUAGCAUGA